AUGGAUGUUGCUUUGAAAAAAUUGGACUUUUUAAAAGUGGGAUGCUUUGCUCAUACCCUCAACCUGGCCGCACAAAAGGUGUAUGACAUUCCUGCAGUUUCCAGCUGGUGUGCCAAAAUCCGUUCAGUUGUGGUGUGGCUCAAACGUUCAUCCUUGAGCAAAACUGUGCUCAGAGAAAAGCAGCGAAUCCUGAAUUUGCCAGAGCAUAAUGUAAUUCUUGACGUUAAGACGCGCUGGAAUUCUCUCUUCCUAAUGGUGAAGAGAUUUAUGGAGCAGUUUGAUGCAAUCCAGGCAGCUGCUCUGGAUCAACGGCUGAGGAAGCCUAUGGAGAAGGACAAGCUAGAAAGGUUCACGCACACUGAUCUAAUCAAGGCAGAGGAGUUUAUUAAGUGCAUGCAAGUCCUGUACACGUCAACCAUGUGUGUCUCAAGUGACAAGUCACCCACAUGCAGCCAAACCAUCCCCAUCCUGGCCAAGCUGGAGGUUCGGUCACCACCACCACCACCUCUCUGGGAACAUCUCAGCUUCAUCCAGGUGUGGGGGCCUGUCUCCCCCCACCACAUUCCCUGCCAGUGGCUGAUGCCCUCACGCGUCGGUGGUUCUCGGUGUCUGGGUGCUCAGGUGUGUACUGGCUCACUCUUGGUGGCUGCUUGGUGGGGCCUGGCGCCCGUGGCUCAGUCGGGCUAUUUUGUGUGUGCUAAAACCCAAAAGACACUCUGGCAGUCUGACUGCUAG